UAAGUAUAUGUGUAGCUCCUGAGUGAAUAAGGAGAUCAUACAUGGCUCAAACACAGGAGAUAAUUGAUGACGUGUAGCUAUUUAUUUGGUCCUUUAAGACGUUUUGCUGAAAGCAUUAGAAAUGGUCAUGAGUUAAGGAAUCAUGCCUGGAUAAAUAUUAAUAAAUGAUUAACAAAAUGUUGUUGUGCAUAGCAAGAAAGGAAAUGUGUCCCAAAAUUGGAUUACCAACUGGUCAAAACCUACCAAGGGUCACUGCUGUUCAACAGAUGUUUGUUAAUUUGACCAAAGUUAAAUAGACCUCAACAGUUGUGAAGCCCCGUCUUGUAAACCAGCUCUUUGUACAAAAUAAAAAAUGAAAAAAUAAAUAUUGUGUCUCUUUAGACCACUGACACUUGAUUUAGUUUGAAUUUACCAGAAAUGACCAACAAACAAGAAUAAGUCCUAGGCAGUAUAUCUCCAAAAAUAUCUGAAGUUAGCAAGAGUCUGGUGACUCUCUCCCUGUUACACGAGCCUAUUCUCUUUACACACUCCAUGUAAAGAAAACAUUAUUCAUAACACAGAAGUCAUUGUAAGGUGAUGCAACAGGUGUUUUAUCUACUUGUCACUGCUGUCCUGCAUUUCUCUAUAAACUCAGCAUUUAGUCAAUUAUAAAAGGUUACAUCCACAUUUCUUCCUAUUUGUGCAGCCAUGAAAUGUAAAAAAUAGUAAAAAAGGGAAGAAAGUUUGUUCCUGUGUAAUCUAAAACAGAGAGAGACGCAUGGGUAUUCACUGUGUUCCCACGGUGACACCAAAUAUCUCAACUUCUGCAUCUGCCAAGAUUUUAGCUGAAUAUAAAAUAAAAUAAUGAAAUGUAAGUAAAGUCUUUACAAUGUAGACAAAAUACCUUAAUAAACCUUCAUUCUCCCAAAAAGCUGGGUAAAAUGUCAUUGAUCAAAGGUUUGAACACACACACACACACACACACACACACACACACACACACACACACACACACACACACACACACACACACACACACACACACACACACCCUCUGAUUGGCUGUGACAUAUGAGACCAGGGGGCUCAGCAGACACUCCCACAUGCAGGUGAGGGAGCAGAGGAUCAGGCUGCAGGGUCAGUUCACAGACAGACAGACAGACAGGACGUCCUGCACGACAGGUGUUUGGUUGGCUAAAAAACUGUUGGGCAUGAUAUCAGAACAGUGUGUGAAGCUGCAGGAAGACGCCAGGAAGUAUAACAGAAGAAAUGCAAAGACCGAGGACCAAGAUUAUCAUUCAGAUGUAGAAAACAUGGAGGAGCGGCAGAGAUUUGAGAAGAUGCAGGCCGUGGACCCGGAGCAACAAGAGCUGUCAGGCAGGAGGAAACACGCAUUAGUCAGAUCAAAGACCUUCGACCACUCUCUGCUGACUCAGGUCCAGACAGAAGCAGACCCGAAGAUCGAGAGGAAGAAGUCUCACUACAGCCAGAUUUCGAAAAGCAAUUGCCAGUACCAUAAAAUAUUUAAGGAGAUCAGCAAAGAGGAACUGCUCAGACAGAGUUACACAUGUGCUCUGCAGAAAGACAUCCUCUACCAGGGACGGAUGUUUGUCUCUGACCAUUGGAUCUGCUUUCACUCCAAGGUGUUUGGCAAAGACACAAAGAUCGCCAUCCCAGUGAUGUCCGUCUCGUGCUUCAAGAAGACCAAGACGGCCAUCCUGCUGCCAAACGCACUGGUGAUCGGCACCGCCAACGACAGGUACGUCUUCGUGUCCUUUCUGUCCAGAGACAACACCUACAAGUUCUUGAUGUCCAUUUGUUAUCAUCUGGAGAGUUUUCCAGGUGAGUUCUGUGAUCUGGACGUAGCAGUGAGACAGAGGAGGCAAGAGAUGGAGGAGAGCAGCAGCUCCGACUCUCAGACCCCCGACUACGACAAGAGAGCAGGGUUCCCUGUUCCUCCGUUUCUGGAUGUGUUGAAGCGCACAGACAGUGCAGCUCCACCUGAACAUCCAGACCAUCAGCACAAAGUGAAGAGCCAGCACCAGAGCAAGCAGAUCCCAGACAACUCGCAGCAUGCUCCACACUACACUGUUCCGGGCUCAGAGCUGGUGAUUGACAGCAGAACUCUGAAACCAGUUUCUCUCAACACACUGCUGUUAAUCUACCUGUUACUAGUGUGUGUCCUGUUCCUGUCUUCCUGUUACCUGGCCUUUAAGGUCGUCUCAUUGGAGCAGAGACUGACUACGCUCGGCUCCGUCUCCGAGUUCCCCCACCAGGAAAAUGAAUUUCUGGGGGCGAGUGACGUGAACACAGAGCUUUUUUCUGAACUGCUGUCCAUUAACCUGAUGAAGCUGGAGAAGGUCAGUCGGUCUGUCUAUCUGUGUCUCAUAGGGUUACAUUAAAAUGAAUUAUUAAAUGAUUGUAUUAAUCCCUAAAAAUCGUAUUUAUCGUGUGAAUUUAAAAUUCCAAAUAUCAACAGUUGCCUUAGGGCGAAUUUGGAAGUUUUUGGGAGUAGGCCUUUGUCUUGAACAAAAAACCUUUUGAUCAGUUUUUAAAAAAAACUCAGAAGACUAUAUAAGAAUUAAAUAUCUUGGAAUUUAUAUUUUGUGUCCAGACAUUUUGGAUGGCGUUAACAUAAGUUUCAAUAUUUUAUCAUUAAUUUAUGUAAAAGUAUUGUUUUUUUUAGGUAAAUACAAUGUAAAAAGCAGACAAAAUAGUCAGUUCAGGAUAUUUUAUGCACUGAAUAACCACCCCUGCUGAUUUGUUUUUAAGAUGAUGCAACCAACGUCUCCUUUCUUUAACUUUUCCCCAUGAGUACCUUCUUUAAAAUUAUAAACGUAAUUACUACAAAGGAAAGAGUGGAAAAGUUGUUUUCCGCUCAUCAACAUGUGAAAUCAACACGCUUUGUGUCAGAAGCAGAACUGGAAGGCUUCAGGACAAAGUGUAACCGGACACUUGUUUGCCGUUAAUCAAACAUUUAUAGUCAUUGAUCUGUUCAUAUAGAGAAGUGUGGACGUCACCUGUAAGAAGAGCUCGUUCCUCAUCCAUCAGUCUGCACUGUGUGUGUCUGAGCACAUUAACAUUUCAGGCCAACACACGUCUCCUAAAAACAAACAGCAGCAACACACGAAACAAGAGCCUGAUUGAUUAGAAAUGUAGAUAUUUAAAGUUGUUUAUCUUUAUAGAUGGAGGAGAACUAACAUUAUUUCACAAAAGAUAAGCAGUUAGGAUGAAAGGGAAUUUACUAGAGGCAACAUUCAAAAUCAAACUUAUCAAUGAGGGGUGUAAAAAUAAAUAAAGGAAUAAAUGAAUAGAUAGAGAUAUAGAUGAAUAGAGAGUAGGCACAAGUACAGGUUCAGGUUAACUGCUGCUAGGGAGUUCUGAGGACAUCUGGUGGAUGGAUGGGACUUUGGGGCAAUGAGAAGUAAAUAUAACGUCUAAUAGAAAUUGAAACAAUCCUUAGUGGGUCAAGAAAUAACAAGGAAAGUAAAUAACAAGUUAGCUUAUCAGCAAGAGAAUAAGUAACCAUAGAUUGAAUGAUUAAUAGAAUACAAAACUAUUAACAGAAUACAAAACCAUAAAGAAAGUUAAAGGUUACAUGUCAAGCUUUUCCGGUUAUUACCCGUCCUCUUGUGUGUUAUGUAGCUUUUUAUGCAUGUAAACGGUCUGCAGAGUCACAAACCCUCAAAGUACACCCUGUGGCGAGUAAAACUCUAACACAGAAAAGACCUGGAGAUUGGAGAUUUUUCUGCUAGUGGAGCCUCGCAGCGCGGUGAAACUGUGGAGCGCUACACUGUAGGCAGGGGCGGAUCUAGAAAAAUAUUCAUGGGGUGGCAGGAGAUUUUGAGGGGUGGCAUCCCCUGGCAGAUGUAUAUGCUGAUUUAAUCGCAGUCAUAUCAAUCAAUGUUAACUUGGAAAUCCACAAUAUUGAUAUUUUAACUCAAUAACAUAUUGUGGCACAACAGUGAAUCCUUAAAUAUAAAUAUAUGCUUUUCUGGUUAUUACCCGUCCCCUUGUGUGUUAUGAAGGUUUUUCUGCAUGUAAACGGUCUGCAGAGUCACAAACCCUCAAAGUACACCCUGUAGCGAGUAAAACUCUAACACAGAAAAGAGCUGUCUGUGCUGCCCCAGAACGCCUCGUUGGACAUUUCUCUUUUUCCAUUGUUUUCUUCCUGGGUAUGGUCAUGGUGACGUGCCCAUACAAAAAUGGACCCAAUCCGUGGAGCUCCACACACACACACACACACACACACACACACACUUUUAGCGGCGAAAAUGUGACGCGCUGGGGGGGUGCUAGUGGAGCCUCGUGGCGCGCUUAAACUGUGGCGCGCUUACACUGUGGCGCGCUUACACUGUGGCGCGCCGCAUUUGGGGGUGCGAUGCGGGUGCUAGUGCAGCCUCGCAAAUGGGGCUGAUGCAGUCCCCUCAGCUCCCCCUCCCUUCCCGCGUCCAUUCGUGAUGUCUAGCUGUCUCGCAGCAAGCAGGAAACCACACCAUUAACUGCCCGUCCACACGGCAGCGUGCGUUGAAGCUUCAACGCGUCUGCCCAUUCACUUUGAAUGGGGUGACGUCACGCUUUGCCAAACUGCAUUGUGGUUCCGUCGCUUUGCAUUGCUCGCUUCAA